AGAUGGUACAGUCCGUUUAAAGAGCAGCUCGGAGUCUCUGGUGCGUUGAACUCUCUCCACGAGAGCGCGCGGCGGAAAGAAUCGUUUAGUGAAGCACGCUGUUUUAUUCUCUCUUUACAUACUCUGUUUCUCACUGUCUGUCUUUCUUUCUGACAGCCACAUCCGAACAUUAGACAGUAUGGGACUCUAAAUAUCUUUUCUCACCUUGUGGAUUUUGGGGGAUUUCUGCGCUUAUAAAAUAGAGGACACUGACAGAAUGGGAUUUUAGUGCGCUUAUAAUGCAGCAGGCGAUAUGACUCGCUCCGUGGGUUCCGUGGAUUCUCCCCGCAGGCGAAGAUCCGGAGAAUGAUGGACGAGAACAAGCAGCUCGCGCAGCGGAUCGAUGGCGCGAUCCAGUGCGCGAAGCAGGAGGUGGCGAACCUGCGCGCGGAGCUGUCAGCCACCGGCCACAGACUGGCGGAACUCGGCGAGCUGGAAGAACCGGGCGAACCGCAGGAACACCAGCAGCAACAACAGAACCAUCAUGAUGCACCGGUGCAAAGACAGAAAGCUUUGACAGAGCUUGGUCAAAAAGGUGACUUUGUUCUUCAGGAGACGUCAUUAGAUAAAGUGUUGUUGCAUGAGGAGGUGGUGCGUCUGCAGGAGGAGGUGUCAGUGCUGAAGCAGGUCAGGGAGAUGUUGAAUCGUGAGCUGGAGGAGACAGGAGGAGGCUGCUCUGUGGAGCUGCUGUCUGUCUCACAGCUGCGCGUGCAGCUAACACAGAAAGAGCAGGAGCUGGACAGGGCAAAGGAGGCACUGCAAGCAAUGAAGGCAGACAGGAAGCGUUUGAGGUUGGAGAGAACUGAUCUGGUGAAUCAGAUGCAGCAGCUCUACACAACACUGGAGAGCCGUGAGGAGCAGCUACGAGAUUUCAUACGCAACUAUGAGCAACACCGAAAAGAGAGUGAGGAUGCAGUGAGAGUUCUGGCAAGGGAAAAAGAUUUGUUAGAACGGGAGAAGUGGGACCUACGCCGACAAACCAAAGAGGCCUCAGAACAUGCAAGUGCACUCCGAUCUGCACUGGACCUGAAAGAGAACAGGAUCAAGGAGCUGGAGGCUGAACUGACUAUGAUGAGUAGCUUUAUGGCACAGAAACUAGAGAGUCGCGUGUUUGUUCGAUCUCCAGAAAGACCAGCCUCACCCAAAACAGUGUCGGCAAAACAGUCUUUGGCUACUCUCACGAAGGAUGUUCCUAAGCGACACUCGCUGGCCAUGCCCACAGAGACAGUCGUCAACGGCAACCAAGAGUGGGCGAUGCAUGCAGAGCUUCCUCUGACUGCGGCGAUACGACAGAGUCAACAAAACCUUUACCACUCAAUGGACAGACAGGUACUGAAAGCAUCACCGUGCAUGUGCGAUGCUGACGGCAUCAGCAUGAUGUCAUCAGCCUCAGCCAGGAUCAGUCCGUGUCACUCUAAACAACCGUCAGUCAUCUCAGAUGCCUCUGUGAUGGAGGGAGAGAGAUCCUCAACACCAUCAGAUUCACCACGACACAGAACACACUCCCUCUGCAAUUCUCUAGAGGAUCUAGAGGAGCAGAGACGCAGAAAGAAGAAAGAGAGGAUGGGUUUGGGCUCUCUGUCGAGGGUGUUCGGUCGAGGAAAGCAAAGAAAGUCUCUGGACCCAACUCUGUUUGAUGACUCCGACAGUUUAUCAAGCCCCGCCCGCCUCAGUGUGAGCCUAUCAGAAUGCGAGGAGCAUCUGGAUCGGCUUCAGCAGGUGGAGCUCGCGCGGACGGCACCCAUGUCCCGUUGGCGUGCAGGAACCGUGCAGGCGUGGCUGGAGGUGAUCAUGGCCAUGCCGAUGUACAUACGGGCCUGUGCAGACAACGUUAAAAGUGGGAAGGUCUUGUUAGUUCUUACAGAUGAGGACCUGGAGUUUGUUUUAGGUAUCAGUAAUUCAAUGCACCGCAGGAAACUCCGUCUGGCCAUUGAAGACUACAGGGAUGCGGAAUCAGGACAUGGCCUUUCUAAAGCAGCUGAUCUGGAUCACCACUGGGUGGCUCAGGCCUGGCUAACUGAUGUAGGUCUUCCUCAGUAUUCCCAGUUCUUCCACACUCACCUUGUGGACGGCCGUCUCCUAAGUACACUCGCACGCGCCGACCUUGAGAAGCAUCUGCACGUUUCUAAAAAAGCCCACCAGAACAGCCUGCUGCUGGGAAUACAGCUGCUACACACACUCAACUUUGACAAAGAGAUUUUGCAGUCCAGGCGAUCAGAGUGUGAGAAUCAGAACACAGACCCUGUAGUGUGGACCUGUCAUCGCAUCAUCAAAUGGAUCAAAGAGAUUGACCUGAAGGAGUUUGCUGACAAUCUUCAGAACAGUGGGGUUCAUGGUGCCAUCAUGGUGAUGGAUCCUUCCUUCAGCUCUGACACCAUGGCGGCAGCUUUAUGUAUUCCAAACAACAAGCACAUGGUCCGUCAUCACCUGAAUGAAGAGGUGAAGGCACUUGUCAGUGCAGCCAGGGCAGGGCUUGAUCAGGAAGUCGAACCUUUGGGGACUCCGCCCACACUUCACCGGCAAAGUUCUCUAAGCAGCUCAUCACCCAGCUGUCAUGACGAUCAGCAGUCUUUAAGGAGGGUGAAGCAGCAGCUUGGUCUCAGCCCAAAGAAUUUCACCGGACGAAAGAUCAGUCACCAGAACAGAUCCGGGUCAUUUCCAAGGAAUGGACUUCAGGAGGUCUCGUUACAAAGAGAGCAUUGCCCAGUUCGUCAUUUUUCUGCUGCUGAGCUCACCAAUGUCUGAGUCAUUCUCCUGUCGAGAUCACUGAUGAAAAACAUGACACUUUCUUAAAGCUCCCAAAUGGGGGAUUUUCUUUUCUUUUUCAAGGUGAAUGUUGAUGAAAUCUCAAUGAAAGUUCACAUUUUCAGUCUCUGGACUUUGCCAGUAUAGGGGCCUUAUGUUGUUGUUUGUGACUGUAGACUCAUUUGUCUCAAAGUGAGACAAUGUUAAGAAUCCAUUUGAAAGGGCACAUACACUAAACGUUUAUUUAUCUGUUUAGAUUUUGAUGAAAUUAUUGUCGUGCAGGUAAGGAAUGUGUGAGGAAGCAGGGUGAAGUAUCUUGACGAUUAUAACUAUGAUUUGUGAGAACUCCACAAAGAAAAAUGUGUUAAAGUUGGAUUUGUUUCCUCAAUAAAAUGAAUAUUUUCACAUUUACGGUGUACAUUUUAGAAAACCGACUCUUAGAACAUUAGAUUUAGUACCACAAAAUAUUGUAAAAUGUUUUGUUAAACAGUACAUCAUUAUUUAAAUAAAUGAUUAUUGGAAUUUCGUGAAUUUACCUAAAUUCAUUUUAUAUCCAAUGUGUUUCACUUAGUAAUGACGUUACAGUAGGUGAAUAGCAGGUCCAUAACUACUCAUGCUUAGACAAUUUUGUAUAACAUGAACCCAAUUUCAAAUUUGCCUUUACUCCUACUUGGUUCAAACCUGCUGCUUUUGUGUACCAACUGUAAAUCAUCAAUCUCAAUAUCAUGCAAACAUAGCUACCAACUCCAAGGUCAUGCACAUUGCUAAGCUGUAGCAAGGAUUAAACUAAUCAUCAUAGUAAAUGUGCAAAGAUCAAAGAUAGGACUGAUGUACAUUUACAUGUUUAUUAACCGAAUUUCUGAAGCAGCGUAAAAGGAGGUGCAUAUUUUUUAUAGAGAAAGACAGGACAACAUGUUCUCCAUAUAAAAAUUGUCUUAAAUUUUAGUUAAAUCUCUGGUACUUC